AUGGCGGUGGUGGCGGUGGUGGUGGUGGUGGCGGCGGCGGUGGUGGCGGGGAGCGGAGGCGUGGCGGCGGAGGCGCCGCGGAUUGUAGGCGGGAGCGAGGCGAGCCCUGGCCAGUUCCCGGAUCUUGUGGGCAUUGUGGACGGGUUGCACUUUGAUGUGAUGUGCGGGGGGACGCUGUUGUCGGCGCGGUGGGUGCUGACGGCGGCGCACUGUGUGUACGACCGGCGCAACACGCCGAGCCAGCUGUAUGUCUGGCCAGGCGGACACGAUCAGACGACGGCGGACACGAGCGAGCUUGUGCAAGCCGAUCUCGUCCACGUGCAUGCGUCGUACAACGAUUACACGGCCGAGCACGACGAUGUGGCACUGAUUCGACUCUCGACGCCGGUUGAUCUUGGGCGGGCGGACGUCAGGCUGGCGCGUUUGGCGUCGGCAGACCCACCGGACUACGCAGUGGCAACACUCGCCGGGUGGGGCGCGACCAACACCGGCGGCGAUGUGUGGCCGACCGUGCUGAAGACGAUCGAUACCCUUAUCCAGCGGAACGGUGACUGUGCCAGCAACUACGCUAGCGACGGCGUGGCCAUUCUCUCGUCGCACAUCUGCGCCGGCGAGCAGUGCGUCUCGUCGCGCGACUCGUGCACGGGUGACUCGGGUGGCCCGGUGUAUGUGAAGGCAGUUGACGGAGGGCUGGUCCAGGUCGGUAUUACCUCGUUUGGCGGGUCGAGUUGGCAGCCGUGCGGGCACCCGGUGUUCUGGGCUGUCAACACCCGGGUCUCGUCGUACGUGCCGUGGAUGGUGGCGCGAAUGGAGGGCGACAAGCCGGUGCUGAUAGACUCGUCGACGGCAUACUCGACAACGUUUGGCGGCGGUUCAGCGGCUUGCUCGUCCGGCACGCCGGUCACUCAGUCGAGCGCCGGGUCGACGGGAGGAACGACAGCCGGGACGACGGGAGGCACGGCGACGACGACGGCGACGACGGGAGGCAACGCGACUACGGCGACGGCUAGUGGCACUGGCGGGACGUCGGCCGGGACCGGGGCUUCGACCGGCGGAACGGCAACAGGAGGGACAGCCAGUGGGACUGGCGGCAGUGGCUCGGUUCUCUCUGGCAACGUGAGCGGUAAGCUGACUGAUGGCGCACUGCAGGUGGUCGGCGGAGCCAAUGUGGUUGGGAAUGCAAGCGCGUCCGGCUCGCUCGUCGUGACUGCAGAUGGGGUGCUCACUGUUGGUGCGAGCAGCUCGCUUGUGGUCAACGGAAGUGUGUUGGUGGCGGCGUCGGGCGAGCUGGUGCUUACGAGCGGCGCCGGCUUUGUUGCUGGCUCGCUCACGCUGACGACGGGCUCGCGGUUCAAGGUUGUGGUCACGAGCGCGCUCGCCUCGGGGGCGCCAGUGCGGGUGGCGGGCAGCGUGGAGUUUGCCGGCGCGCUCUUUCUCAUUGAGGACCGCAGCCAUCCGCUCACGGCCGGACAGACGUUUCCUAUCAUGACGUACGGAGAGCAUGCGGGUACAUUUGGAGAGGUUUUUGUCCUCCGGGCCGGUGCGCGCCGGCUACGGAUCCGGGCGGUGAGAGUGCUAGCGGCCACGGUCAGCUAUGGGGUCCAGGCGGCCACAGUGGAGAUCUCGGAGCAGGAGGUCGGCGCGCUUCCACCGGCAAAGAGAGGGCAGACGUCGUCGACAAUACUGUUUGUGGUGGCGGUUCUCUGCCUGGUCGUUAUUGGGGUGCUCGUGGCGGCAGCGUUUGUGGCCAAGCGUCGGUCGGACGCGCGGCAUCGCAGAUUCGCAAGCGCAGCACUUCCUCUCGCCGUGGUUGACAUGCCGCCGAUUGCAGUGGCCAAGCGCGAGGAGAGCGGCAACUCGAGCGCGACCGACAUGGCGACUGACGACGGCAUCGAGCUCGAGGCGCAGCCGGCAGGCUCGAUCAACGUGCCGGCAGCCAAAGACGACGCAGUCGCCGAGUGGGGCACAUGUUCGAUGGCAGCACCUACGCUGGAGCCGGCCGAUCUUGGGUCUGCCGAGGCAGAUGUGACGUCUGUUGCCUCGUCGUCGUACUACUACUCGUACUACGCGUCGUCGUCAUCGGACGAAUAA